AUGGGGGAUUAUGCGGCGGCGCUAGUAUUCUUCGAGAAAGUGCUUGAAAUUCAUCAAAAAUCUAUUCCAUCCGUUCAUCCAGAUCUGGCUCUGAGUUACAAAAAUACCGGCGAGUCAUAUCGAUCGAUGGGUAAUUACGAGAUGGCAUUGUCAUACUAUAAGAAAGCACUUGAAAUUCACAAAAAAUCUCUUCCAUCAAAUCAUUCAAUUUUAGCAGGACAUUACAAUAGCAUUGCAGUUGCGCAUCAUUUCAUGAGUAAUGAUAUAAUGGCACUGUCAUACUUGAACGAAGCGCUUGAAAUUUGUCGACAAUCUCUUCCAUCAGAUCAUCCAGAUCUAGCUAGGUAUUAUAGUAGCAUUGCUGCUGUUCAUGGUUCUCUCGGCAACUAUACGAUAGCAUUGUCAUACAACGAAAAAACGCUUACAAUUCGGCAAAAAUUUCUUCCAUCAAAUCAUCCAAAUCUAGCUCUAAAUUACAACAACAUUGCUCGUGCUCAUCAUUCUCUCGGUAAAUAUGCGAUGGCACUGUCACACUAUGAGAAAGCACUUGAAACUUACCGAAAAUCUCUUCCAUCAGACCAUUCCUAUCUAGCUGGGUAUUACAGCAACAUUGAUAUUGUUCAUUGCUCUCUCGGUAACUAUGUGAUGGCACUGUCAUACUUGAAGAAAGCGCUUGAGAUCAUGGAAAUAUCAUUUUCAAACAGGCACCCAUUGCUGGCUAGGGCGUAUAGCAACAUGGCUGCUACAUUAGAGAAGUCCGGACGACAUGAUGAAGCUGUCGGCUAUGCUAUACAAGCUGCUGAAAUAGUUCGUUCUUCUUUGGAGCGUGAUCAUGCGGAAACUAAAGCUUAUGAAAAUCAACUUCAUAAACUUCAACAAUCGAUGUCAUUAUUAUGA